AAUCGUUUUGUAUUUUAAAUUAUUUUUUAAGCCUAUUGUUCUUUUUAAGCAGUGCCUUGUUGAAUUACUAUAUAGUUUUGCUCUUGACUUUCGGUCGCUUUGGGGCGGGCUGAUCCAGGAAUUUUGGGAUUAUUUUUCGAAAUAUUUAAAUCAGGUGCAUUCUUAGGAAGUUUUUGAAGUGUUCUCAAAAUGAAUUACAGACACAGCUUCCCAAAGGUCAGGCGCUUUCAGAGAAGGGUUCCCCUAUCAGAGCUCGAGCAAUCUUUGAAAGGCGAUAGUCUUGAGGCAGGCGACUCGACGUCUAAACCCCUCCUUCAGCAGAAUAUAGACCUACGUCGGAAACUUGAAGAAGAACACGCCAGUAACAAGCGCAAAUUGCAGGCAUACCAGGACGGGCAGGCUCGUCAGGCACAACUAGUCCAGAAAUUACAGGCAAAGGUUUUACAAUACAAGAAACAAUGCGAGGAUUAUGAAGAUAACCUAAAAUUCAAAGAGAUUAUGGAGCGUGACACUGAGAAAAAGGUAACUACCUCAGCUAGGUCACAGGCCUAGAUGGCAGGAAACUCUGGGCCUAACCGCAGCCAGCAUGAACGUCCAGCAUAUCUCGUGUAUAUACUCAAGCCAUAACCUUUUUGUAUACUUCCUGACAUUGUGUUUGUUUAACACUCAUUCUCAUAUAAAGUGGCAAGUUUGAAAUAAAAAUAAAUGUAAAAUUAUACGAAUAUGUCAAUGUUACUUUUCAUUUAUUAGAUAUAAUUGUCCAAACAUUUGUAGCAACUGAUUUAAAAUAUAGAAAAUUAAUUCAUUAACGUUUUGAAAAUUGAAUAUUGGCCUCUUUAAAU